AGUGUGAGGUAAGACGUGUGCGAGUGAGGUGUGUAGCGCUGCUAGCUCUUAUACUCUCCCCGUCCCUACAAGGAGGGGGGUGCCUUGAUGCUGUGAUUUUUAUGUGAAAAAUUCAUAGUUUUGCGGCGACAAACUUUAACGUUACAAGUGUUCGCUGACGCACACCAGUUUUCUAAGUGACUUGCAUCUAAAGAAAAUGUAAAUAAAUGCGAAAUUUGUGCAUAAAUGAUAGAGACGUAAAGGAAGGCAGCAUGAAUUAGUGUAAGGCACCACAUCCACCACCACCUGCACCACCACCACCUGCACCACCACCAUCAUGGACUAAUGGGAGUUAAGCAGGUGUCGGAUGCUGAGUCUGACCUUUUCAGAGCAACCAGCAAAGCUUGUGUGGAGGGUCGCCUUGGAGAGAGCACAGCAUCAGUACGGCUGCCGGGCCUCAACGUCACAGAACAGCCUAAGCCUAUUGCUGUUAAAUCUGAACUCCCUCAUCAUCCACCUUACAGUUGCAGUAACGGUCCUGUUGAGGUGGGGCAUUAUCCUGCAAACUAUCCUCCUCCGAGUGUUGGUGCUGUCACCUCUGCCCCACCACCUACUGUCACCACUGCUGGGGACCAUAAGCCUGUCUACCUGCCCUCCCAUCAAUCACAUAUAUCCCAAACUCAAUCCAAUCACACAUACCCCAACCUCAGUCCACACAUACCCCAACCUCAAUCACACAUACCCCAACCUCAAUCACAUAUACCCCAACCUCAAUCACAUAUAUCCCAACCUCAAUCACAUAUACCCCAAAAUCAAGCACAUAUACCCCAAACUCAAACACAUACUCCACUACCCACAACACAUGCUCAUACUCAUCACACAUCUCAUACACCAACAGUGACAUCUGCUGUUACACCUGCGCCUGCACCGCACACCCCACAUACACCAGCACUUCACACACCUCAUACACCAACUGCUACCACACCCACUCCUACACCUCCACAGCCGCCUCGACAACCAUCUGCUCAUAUACCAAACUCGCCAUCACCACACUACCUCUCCCAACCUGUGGCCUCAUCUACAACAACUACAGUUACUACAACUACUACCACUACCACAACAACAACUACCACAACUUCCACUAGUGUUACUCAUAAUCAUGUGGGAAACAGUAGUCGGGUAAGCAAUGGCCCAGUGGGUGGGGGAGGUGGGGGUGGCCAGGGGGUGGGCACAUCGGUGAACAAGUAUAGUGUGAGUGCCUUGGUGUCGUCUGCACCACAGCACAACCACACACUCUAUAACAGCGUCAAACCAAGUCCAGUAGCAUCCCCUCGAAAUCACGUACGAUCACCACAUCCAUCCCCAAUUGGUGCUACACCUACUGCUGCUUCAGUUAAGCCUCCGACCCCUAACACCCCAACUGGUCCAGUUUCUGCCCCUGUGCCUUCAGCUGCAGUAACAGGAUCAGCUCCAGGGCCAGCAGCUCCCUCCUUACCUUAUGGAGUGAAGAUUGAACCAGGAGAGACAGCUCGACCGAGCCCAGCAAGUAAGCACUCUGCUGGGCCUCCUCACUCGGUACCAGCUACAGCCUCUGUUAAGAUAGAGCCAGGUUACCCACGCUCUACACCGCCUUCCACCACAAAGGUUUCUGCACCUCAUUUACAGUCAGUGAUUCCUUCUUCUGCAAGACAUUCACCCAGGACUCACGAUCAUCAUAUCUCACCAUACAGUUCAGCGAGUUCAGUUGUGAGUAGCGGGCAGUCAAUACCUUCAUUAUCACGACCUUGGCCUAGCCCAGUAUCCAGUUUAGCAUCAAGCAGUUCAGCCAGAUUAUCAUCCUUGAGUCGACCGCCACUUCCCUUGCCCUCCUUUCCCCUUGCUCCUCCGCCAGUUUCUGCUCCCUUGCCGCCUACGGGCAUGUUCGCACCACCUGUCCAUCACUCGCAACAACUUACCUCCUCUUCCCUUAUACCUCCUACACAUCUGACACCUGAUCCCCUUGGCCAAGCAGAUCUACUGCGUAGAGAGCUGGACUCUCGAUUUUUGGCCCAACAGGAACGCACGUUGGGUCUUGGCCCUGCAAGUCUAGGGGGUUUAGGCGCUCCUCCAGCCUUUUUACGUGCUGAAAUGCACCACCAUCAACACCAGCAUACGCAUGUUCAUCAACAUCUCCUGCCUCACAUGCCUCCUCCACCACUUCCACCACCUGCUGCCUCCAGUCUCUUCUCACAUUCAGCAUCUCCCUCAAUGUUCAAGGAAGUGAGCAAAGUGGGUCUGGACAGCAGUUUGUACCGGCCAGGAGGUGGCCUAGCAAGCAGCUAUCCUCCUGGCCUCACCCCUCUAGUGCAUCCUCCUACCUCAACCUUUGCUCCGCCAUCUCACCUGACCUCUGUGGCACCUAAGAUUGGUGAACCAAGUCAACGCAAACCAGUGAAGACGGGUCGUUGGAAUGCAAUGCAUGUGCGCAUUGCUUGGGAGAUCUAUUACCACCCAAAACAGACACCAGAGAAACCUAGUGCUAAACUUGGAGGUCCAGAUCCAUUUCGACCUCCAUCAGGACCUGGUGUGGGAGGUCCUGCCCCUGGUGCACCAAUAUUUCCAACUUUGCCACGACCUCCUGAUUUGGGGCCAUCUUUACUGGGUGGACCAGGGCCUUCCCACCGCUAUGAGUCUCCUUUAUUAAGCCAUGCUCACCUCACACCCUCGGUGCCUGGUCUUAGUGGCACGAGGUACCCUGGUGGGGCACCUGGACCUCCCUCUUCAGCAGCAGCAGCAGCAGCAGCAGCAGCAGCAGCUGCAGCAGCAUUCCAUCAUGGUGGUGUUACUCCAACAUCUAUACCAGGCCCCCCACCUGGUUCAAUGUUCUCAAGAGAAACAUUACCACCAGGACUAACUGUACCACAACCCACACCUCAUGAUGCUUGGAGAUAUGUACAUCCCCACAGGUUACGGGCCCCAACACCAUAUGGUACGUCUGGUCCUUGGCCCAUCAAGCCUGAUGCUGCGAUGUAUGAGAGAGAACGUCGUGAAGAAGAGAGACUGAAUCGAGAGCGUGAAGAAAGAGAGCGCCGAGAAAGAGAGGAAAGGGAGAAGAGAGAACGAGAAGAAAGAGAAAGACGAGAACGUGAAGAAAGAAGAGAACGAGAGGAGCGAGAGAGAGAACGCGAGCGACGUGCUGAACUUGACAAGGAUAGGGUAGCUCGUGCCUUGGAUGCUAGUCACGACCGUGGUGUACCCCGUAGAGAUAGUUCACGGUCCCCACUUCGACCUGAUCAUAAAGAUCAACUUUCCUCACACGGUUCCAGUCAGCUACCACCUGGUUCAAUUCCAUCAUCAAGCUUGAAGACAGAAGGACGGCCAGAUUCACAACCUAGCUCAAGACCAGGGUCUAGAACACAUGAUCCACGAAUUAAACUAGAGGGUAAAGAUGAGGUGAUGAUUGUUGGUGGAAAAGAAGCUCCUCGUCAUUUAACGCAUGGCAUACCACCACCCGUUUUACCACCACCAGUAUCUGUGGGUAUGCUGCCACCACAUUCUCUAGCUGUAACAAUGGCAACCACUUCAGCCAAUCUGGAGCGAGCCCGUUUAUUAGGCCCGUCUUCAUAUCAUGCAAGUGGUCCAUCGCAUCUAGGAGCAUGGGCAGAUCCGUUUAGAGAUCCUUAUCGGUCUGCACAAGAACAGAUGUCUGCAGCAAGAGUACAUGACCUAGCAGCCAGGGAUGCUCUAUUAAGGGAUUCCUUGCGUGACCCAAGAAUGAGUCUGGCAGCCCGUGAAGAACAGAUGUUACACACUAAUCCUUUAUCAUCCUUGAUACUUAGUGAACGUUAUAGAGAACAACAUCACCAGCAGCAACAGGCAGCUGCAGCUCGAGAACUUUUUGAGCGUAGUCACCUGGCAGCUGCGGCUGGAGUUCCAGGUGGACUUUACCAACCUACAUCACUACUUCCACCUCAUCCCUCGGUUUCACAUAUGGCAACCUCUUUACUUAAAGGUGGCCCUCCUCUGGGUCCUGGGCCUCCCGGACCUCCUGGUUUGCACCCGCCUGGUCUGGGAUCUAUGCACGGGCCGUCACAUCCAGGUCACCCCCAGCCACCACCUCUUGGACCUGGUUUGCCUCCGCCUCUCAUCUCCUCCAUGCGUGGCUCCUCACCGGCUCACCCACGGCCCCCGGAUAAAAAGGAUGACCCACGCUGACUCUAGUCAUCCCUAGGCCAUACUAGGUCUCAGGUGGUGUCCAGCACAUGCAAGUGCCCAGGAUUAAGUCUGGGCUAUGCUGGGCCACCUGCUGCUGCUGCUGGAAUCGCCUCUACCGAGGGUGGUGCAGGGCGGGCGGCCCACAAGACUGCAGUACAGCCCCAAGGGUUACCUGUAGUCAACGUGUCUUUCAUGAUGAUCAGGCUGUGGAUUGUAACACAAGUUUUGUACCAUACCUGUACAGUACGGUGGUCCAGGGCCACAACCUCCAUUGCCCUUUUAUUUAACAUUUUGUAGAUAUUCAUUGUUUUUCCUAAAGUAUUUUGUAGAGAAAUUAAAUUGAUAUUGACUUGACUGAAUGAUCUGAUGCAGACUGACAAUGACAUUUGUUAAACUGUUUCUAAAUACAGGAGUUUGUUAACAAAA